AUGAAGUACGAAAGCCUUUCCCUCAUUGCCUUGAUUGGCCUCACAUCAGCGGCACCUAUGCCAGCCGCCGAAAACACCAUCCCACGUUACAUACUUCGUGCGCGUGAAGUUCCUCAAGAACACUCUCACAACCGAUUCAUUGCUGGCACUAAUGCCAACUUGGAUCUCAACAAUCCUGCUGGUAUCGUAGAUGCAGUCUUUGGUCUGCUUGGAAAUGCUGCCGCGGCAUCUGGUGCUGGAACCAUCACCGAUCUUGACUGCCUUCAUCAAGCAACCGCCGACCAAGCCUUUACCAACGCUAAAGCAGCUGGCAAUGUCACUGGACAGUCUGAUGCUUUGUUGUACGCUGCAUUGGAGAGGAACACAGGGUCAGUUGGACUCGCAAGUGUUAGCUGUACAGAGACAGCUGUGAACCCAGAAAUUCAAGCCGUCCAGCAACAUCAAGAUCCAGCUUCAGCCGGGGCCGCAGCUACAAACAAGGCCAUUGUACUUGCGCUUGCCCAGCAACUGUCCUCCAUCGGAGCUAACCCUCAAGACGCACUUCUCUCUGGCACCUUCGCACCCGGCAGCGUCACCGACACCACUGGCGCAGGAAACACUUGUGAUACUGCUGAUGAUGUUGAGGGUUGCAUUUUCUCCCAGAACCUGUUGGUUAAUGACGCGACAGCCGCAGAGAUCGACGCUGCUGUAGCCGGCGGAUCAACAGCCGUUGCGAGCAAUUCGACUGCAGUUUCAGGAAGUGCCGCCUCCUCGAGCUCUGCGACUAAGGCCACAAAAGCUGCCAAGGGGGCUGCCAAGGCAACCUCUUCAGCGAGUGCAGUAGCGGCAGCAGCGACACCAGCUUCUAGUGCCGCUUCUACAGGAAGUAAGGAAUCACAACAUCACUAUUUACUAGCUAUCACUAACAAUGUCUUAGCCAAUGUCCAGACCUUCACUGGAACUCUCGGCGGUGCCCCUCCACCAGUCGUUUCCUCGGCCGGAACCCGACCUUUCUCUGUCAACGGCGAUACAUUCGUGAACGCAGGUGCCGCUCUCCAACGUUCAUGCUCCGUGCAAAACAACGCCUGUGCAGACGCUGUGAACUCUGGUGGCUCUGGCUCAGUCAGUGAUUGCAACACCCAAGAAACCGCCUGCAACGCUGCGGCUGCGGCCAAGAAGGUGAAGAGCCGUGCAGCUCUCGACUUUUUCGUCGCAUCUCAUCGCCGUGCUACUGCCUUAAAGGCAUCUGCAAGUAACUCUACGGCUAGUACUACCACUUCUACAGGCACUAUUAUUAACAGUUUCUUAGCAAACGUGCAAACUUUCACCGGUACGCUCGGCGGAGCCGCACCCGCUGUUGUCCAGGGCACCGGUGCUCGUCCAUUCACCGUCAAUGGUGAUACCUUUGUCAACCAGGCCGCUGCUCUCCAGCGAUCAUGCUCUGUCCAGAAUACUGCGUGUAGUAAUGCAGCCAACUCUGGAUCGCUUGCUGGAACAACUGUUGGGGACUGCAAUACGCAGGAAGCUGCUUGCAACGCGGCUGCAGCUUAG